AAAGCAAGGAAUUAAGUACCAUAGUAGAAUAUGCUGCAAAAGCACCGAAAAAUGUUUGACUCGUUAACGUUUCUCUUUGAGAAGGUGUUCCUUUUCACCAACUUAAAUUUGUUUUGUACUAUCUCGACAGACGGAGAUAAAAAUGCAAACUACUUUGACUGGUCUUCUUUUACAAGAGGCGAUUUGUUAGAAGUGCCGCGUACUCUCUUCAUUCACUUUGGCAUUUAUCUCGGAGACAAUAAAGUUGCUCAUUUGAUGCCAGACAUCCUGCCCGCACUUACCAACGACGAGCGUCAGAUUCACAACGUUGUGACGAACAAGAGACUUCUUCUGGGCGUACUUUCCAAGAUUGCUAGUAUACGAAUUGACACUGUGGAAGAUUUUGCCUAUGGGUCCAACAUUAUAGUGAACCACAUGGACAACAUCCUCCAGAAACAGCAACUUCCAAACGAAGAGGUAGCAAGAAGAGCUGAGAAACUUGUUGGAGCAACACCAUAUAGUCUGCUUUGGAAUAACUGUGAACAUUUUGUCACAUACUGCAGAUAUGGGCAGCCUGUGAGUUUGCAAACAGACAAGUUCUGCGAUGUUCUGAAAAGGAUCAUCCGAGAUCAGAGAAGUUUUAUGCUGACGGCUAUUCUGGGAAUGAUAUCUAUCCUUUAUCUUGGUCUGGCUCCUUCCACCACGCUGCCAACCAUUCUUAUCCCAUUCACCCUUUGGAUGGCCAGUUAACUUCUGCAAAAGACAAAACAACAUAGUACUUGUUGCUUAAUAUAAAGGGAGGGGAUAUGUGUUGUGUGUUUUGUGUUUGCAUUUUUUUUUUUUUUUGUGAU